AAUCACGAAACACAAGGCGAAAUGGAAAAUCAAAAUCUGGAAGAGAAAACGCAUCCCCAUCGCAGGGUUAGUUUUGGCAUUAAGAUCUCUUUCAGCCCUUCUUCAACCAAACCCAACCUGUCUUUUAUUUUACGACCCCAAAUCUCAAAUCAAAUCAUUCACUAUUUCUUCUUUCCCUUUUUUCCAAACCCUAACUUUCUUUCCCCUUUCAAACCCAACAACAAUCCUCCCCCACGCGCAUGUGCAAUCCUCGCAAUUUCUCGAAUCUUCCGUAAUUGAUUUCGUUGUUAUCGUGAUUUUUUGUCUCAUCAAUAGGUUCAUUCAAUGGCCAAGGGCGCCGAUUCCGACGAGUUCGUGGUGCUUUCUAGGGUUCGUACGGGUCUCAAGAGAGAGUUCGCAUUCGCCAUGAAGGCCCAAUCUGAGAUAUGCGGCGGUUCUCUGGGCCGAACGCGUGCCAGCAAGAACCGGGUCGAGGCUCCGGUUCAGCCUGCCUCGGCCCGGAAAAGGUCGAGGAAGUCCGAGGAGCCGAAAACCUCGGAGGAUGCUAUGAGCGAGGAAGAGGUUAAGAGCGACGUGGUGGAUCUUCAGAGCGAUGAUAAUAAUCACGUGGGAGAAUCAGAAUCCGCGGCAAUGCAGGUUUGUGAAGAGGAACCGAAGAUGUUGGAACCUAAACCUGAACCUGUUAUCAGCGAAGAGGAACCGAAGGUGUUGGAUGAUGUUAUCAAUGAAGAGGAAGCUGUUGUGGCCGAGACGUUGAAGGGAGAGGAGCCUAUCGUGGCUGAGACAUUGAAGGAAGAGGUUGUGGAUGAGAUGGCAGAACAACCCCUUUGUAAAGAGGAAUCGGAGAAGGGUGUUUCGGAUGAGAUGGCAGAACAACCCCUUUGUGAAGAGGAACCGGAGAAAGGUGGUGUUUCGGAGGAGAAAGAUUCUAAUGGGGUAGCCCUAGCUUUGGUUAAUGAUGAUGGUGAUGAGGGGAAUAAGAAGAAGAGGAGAAUGAAGAAGCGGUUGGAGAUGCCUCAGUCCGAGAGAAGGUUUACGCGGUCGGCAUUGAAGGUAAAAUCUGAGGAAACAAAUGAUGUGGAACAUGUUGGUGUGGCUGGAAUUGAUGAUGAUGGUGUUAAGGGGGAAACUGAAGCCUCAGCUGAGGCUUCGUUGUUAAUGACUCCUCCUAGUUCGGCAAAAUUUUCGAAUUCUAGGUUGAAGAAGUUUCCUUCCAAGUUGAAGGAUCUUCUGGCAACAGGGAUUCUUGAGGGGCUGCCAGUGAUGUACAUGAAGGGAGCGAAGACACGUUGGAAAGCCGGAGAAAAGGGGCUUCAAGGAGUGAUUCAAGACUCCGGUGUUUUGUGCUUUUGUAAGAUUUGUAAUGGGGUUGAGGUUGUCACGCCCACUGUGUUUGAGCUGCAUGCUGGCAGUGCAAACAAGCGGCCCCCUGAGUAUAUUUACAUCCAUGAUGGGAAUUGUGGAAAAACUCUCCGUGAUGUCAUGAAUGCCUGCUGCUGCUGCGAUUUUCCAUUGGAGUCCAUGGAUGAAGCCGUCCAAAAGCUCCUUGGUGACUUCACAAUGAAGAAAUCUUCCAUCUGUUUGAACUGCAGAGGAGCAUGCAAGGGCGUGUCAAAGCUUGUAUGUGAUUUGUGCUUAGCAAGCCCCCCUCAAACAGCCAUGGCUAGCCGCAAAGUAAUUUCACAACCAGUUCAACCCAGAUCACCAGAACCAGUUGUGAUUCAAAAAUCAUUAGACAAUGAAGUACAGCCAAAUUCAUUAGACAAUGAGGUCCCGCCAAAUUCUUUAGACAAUGAGGUGCAGCCAAAUUCAUUAGACACUGGGGUGCAGCCAAAAUCGUUUAGCAAUGGGAUGAAGCACAGUGCAUCUCGUGGUAAGAGUCAGGGAAGACUAACUAGGAAGGAUUUGCGCUUGCAUAAGUUGGUAUUUGAAGCAGAUGUUUUGCCAGAUGGAACUGAACUAGCCUACUAUGCUCAUGGGCAGAAACUGUUGGUUGGUUACAAAAAGGGAUGUGGAAUUUUUUGUACCUGCUGCAAUGAGCAGGUCAGUGCCUCUCAGUUUGAAGCUCAUGCUGGCUGGGCAUCUCGACGCAAGCCUUACCUGCACAUAUACACAUCUAAUGGAAUCUCACUCCAUGAGUUGUCCAUCUCUUUAUCAAAAGAUCAUCGGAGGUUUUCCAACAAUGACAAUGAUGAUCUCUGCAUCAUAUGCGAAGAUGGAGGGGAUCUUUUGUGUUGUGAUGGAUGCCCUAGAGCUUUUCACAUAGAUUGUGUCCCUUUACCAUGCAUUCCUAGUGGUAGUUGGUAUUGUAAGUAUUGCCAGAAUGUUUUCCAGAAAGACAGGCAUGGGCAACAUGAGGUGAAUGCUCUGGCGGCUGCUGGAAGGAUUGCAGGCCCUGAUAUUUUGGAACUGAUGAACAAAAGAUGCAUUCGUGUUGUCAAAACUGUAGAAGUUGACCAUGGUGGAUGUGCCUUAUGCAGUCGCCCCAAUUUCAGUAAAAGCUUUGGUCCUCGGACAGUAAUUAUUUGUGAUCAGUGUGAGAAAGAAUAUCAUGUUGGAUGUUUGAAGGAGCAUAACAUGGAGAACCUAGAGAAAUUGCCUGAAGGAAAUUGGUUCUGUAGUGGAAAUUGCAGUCAUAUUCAUACUGCUCUGACAGAUCUGGUGGCUUCUAAGGAGAAGGAUGUCCCAGAUCCCCUUCUAAGUUUGAUUAAAAAGAAGCAUGAAGAAAAAAGUUUAGAAAUUGGAGCUGGUCUAGAUGUUAAAUGGAGGGUUAUGAACUGGAAAUUAGAUUCUGAUUCUGAUGAUUCUGUUGAAACUAGGAAAUUGCUUUCAAAAGCUGUUGCCAUUUUCCAUGAGAGGUUUGAUCCUAUAGUUGAUUCAACAUCUGGCCGUGAUUUCAUUCCAACCAUGUUGUUUGGAAGGAACAUUCGUGGUCAGGAUUUUAGUGGAAUAUACUGUGCAGUUCUUACUGUCAAUGGGGAUAUCGUGUCUGCUGGAGUAUUUCGUGUCUUUGGGUCAGAAAUAGCUGAGCUUCCAUUGGUUGCGACAACUGCUGAUCAUCAAGGACAGGGUUAUUUUCAGUGCCUGUUUUCUUGUAUUGAGACGCUACUUGGAUCUUUAAAUGUGAAAAACCUUGUCCUACCAGCUGCCGAUGAAGCUGAGUCAAUAUGGACUGGUAAAUUUGGGUUUACAAAGCUACCCCAAGAUGAGAUAAACAAAUAUAAGAAAUUUUAUCGCAUGAUGAUAUUUCAAGGGACCUCAGUGUUACAGAAGCCUGUUCCUGAAACACUCUGAGCUACUUUCUAGCUGGAGUUUGUGUAAAGUUUUUUUGUAGGCCCCUUAUGCAAUAGACUAUUUUCUUGGUUGUUUUGAUGGGUUGCAGAGCACAGGCGGUUUAGUAUUGUACAGGGAUCUGGCUUUUUUUGGUGUACAGAAAAACUGACAACCACCUCUAGCUGUUAUUUGUUUUCUUAGCAAAGGAAUGAAAAGGGGGAUAGAGUUGAAAAUAGAGCAAAAGCUAGGACAAGGGGAUUUUGUGAAACUAGCCAAAAUUUUGGUUAAUGUUAUAAUUCAUUUAUUAUUGGCCAAAUUGUUUUUAACCUCC